AUGCUUAUUGAUUUUGAGGAUUAUAGAGAAACAGGUUUUUAUAAGGCAUUGGUUAAUGCUAAGGAAAUUGCGGUUGAAUUGAAUAUCACCCCUACAUUUCCUCAAAGGCGUAUUAUUAAAAGAAAAAGACAAUUUGAUGAGAAUUUGAAUACCCCAAUAGUUGAGCUAUCUGAAGAGGAAUCUUUCAGGAUUAAUUAUUUUCUUUACCUUGUUGAUCAAGUUGUUGUUUCUCUUAAUAAGAGAUUUGAGCAAUACCAAGAGUAUGAAAGUAUUUUUGGUUUCUUAUUUACUUCUCACAAGUUACAAUCAUUGGAUGAUGCAACUUUGAAGUCUUGUUGUAGUAACUUUGAACGGGUAUUGAAACAUAAUGAACAAUCUGAUAUUGAUGGGAAUGAAUUUUUUGCAGAGUUAAAGUUACUUAGAGAAAUGUUGCCUGAAGAAAUCAUAACACCUAUUGAUAUAUUAUUAUUUUCGAAAGGCUUGGAUUGUUUUCCUAAUACAGUUAUUGCAUAUAGAAUUUUAUUGACUAUUCCUGUGACUGUUGCUUCUGCAGAAAGAAGUUUUUCAAAAUUGAAGUUGUUAAAGACUUACUUGCGGUCUACCAUGUCACAAGAAAGACUUAAUGGAUUGGCAACAAUAGCAGUUGAAAAUGAUAUUUUGGAAACGAUAAAAUAUGAAGACUUGGUUGAUGAAUUUGCUUCAAAAAGUGUUCGUAGGAUGACUCUUUUUAAGUAG